AUGUGGUCCAACAUCCUAUCACCGGGUGUCGAUGACCAGCGCACCAUCCACCUGGGCCUGCCGCCCAGGACCUCCACAAAGUUUGGAGUGAACUGCUUCUUUAAUGACAAGCCGCUUCGGGAGUGGGAGGCAGAAAACGAUGCCGCCUUAGGUGCUGCAGGGCCCAUGCCCCUGAGCUGCCUGGAUCCUUUGGAGCUGAAGAAGGACACGACUGAAGUGAGCUCUGGACAGCUAAAGUCUUUCGUUUUGUGCGAGGACCCAAAGCUGCGGGUUAUCCCAUCUUUUCUCUCUGAAGAUGAGGUGAAAGCGCUGCUGGCUAUCCUGAAGCCCGUGGAAAAUCAGCAGGAACCAGACUUGGACAGCAUUGCCAGAAUCGAGCAGCGCAUGGCCAACGUGGCGGGCUACCCUGUUCACCACAUGGAGCCGCUGAAAGUCGCGAAGUGCACGGCGGACAUGACGCCCGACGGGCACGACCUGUCCGACACUGACUACCUGAAGAGGUUCGGGACAGCAGUGGUCUUUCUUUUCUUGAAUGAUGCAGAGGCCGCUGACCUGGUCUUUCCAAAGCUGCGCGUCCAGGUUCGGUCUCGAGAGGGCUGUGCCGUGGUGUGGUCUACCACAUCCGCCUCGACCGGGCUGCUAAGACAUCAGGCUCAGCCGCCAAGGCUCGGGGUGAGGUUUGCUGCCGUCGGCCAUUUCAGAGCUGAGCCCGUGAGGGCCGCAGCUUAG